UUUUAUGUAUUUCUAGUAUUUUCUGUGAGCUCAUACAGGCGUAAACACAUUGAGUUGUAUAGUAGCCAUGACCUCUUUCGUAAGGAAAACAGUGAAGCGGCUGAGAUUCGUCAAUUAAGUGCUCAAGAAGCACAAGAUGAUGCCACCAAAUGGUUACAAGAUGGAGGAGAUGUAGCUAUAUUGGAUGGUACUCAUAUAACACAAGCUCGUCGUCAAACGGUGUAUGAUCAUUUUGCUAAAGUUAUGGGGUAUAAGGUAUUAUUUAUUGAGUGUGUUUGUGAUGAUGAAAUGCUUAUUGAGCACAAUGUCAAAGAAGUAUUGCAAUUCAGUAAGGACUAUAGAAAUAUGUCCAGUGAGAAAGCRCUGGAUGAUUUUCAUCACAAGAUUGAACAUUACAUGGAACAACAUGAACCAAUGAAACCAAAAUCAGAUGGCUAUAGCUACAUAAAAUAUUUAAAUGGAGGAGAAUCACUAACUGUUUGUCGUUUGAAUUCUCCUAUGCAAAGUGAGGUGCUAGCCUUUGUUUCAAAUUUCAAACCAUUAGCAAAAACAUUUUAUUUUUCAAGACAUGGAGAAAGUGAAAAUAAUGUUUUGGGUCGUAUUGGAGGAGAUGCUGAAUUGUCUGUCCGUGGCCGCACUUAUGCYGCGGCAUUGGCAAGAUAUUUUAAUAAUGAGAAUCGUUUAGAGGGACUACGGGUGUGGACAAGUGAAUUAAAACGUACCCAUCAGACAGCUCAAGGUAUUAAAGCACCAAUAGAACCAGUGCCCUUUUUGAAUGAGUUGUAUGCUGGUGUAUGUGAAGGAUUGAGUUAUGAAGAGAUGCAAUGCAAAUUUCCACAAGAGUUUGCUUGGCGUGAUCAAGAUAAGUUACAAUAUCGCUAUCCAUGGGGAGAGUCUUACAUAGAUAUUAUGACACGAUUGAAACCAGUAUUGUUGGAACUUGAAGGAGAUAUAGAUAAUCUAUUGAUAAUCAGCCACCAAGCUGUUUUAAGAUGCUUACUUGGAUAUUUCUUAAAUAAGAAACACGAAGAAUUACCGUACAUUAAUGUACCUUUGCACACCAUCAUCAAGCUGACUUUAAGUGGAUAUAAAUGUAAAAUGGAAGUGAUUAAGCUAAAUAUUGAAUGUGUGGACACAUACCGCAUGCAACCAAAGAAUUGCUCCGUCAAUCGUUCAACUGAUGAUGCCUUACUAACAGUGCCAGCUCAUUUUGAGAAUUUAUCUUUGUGGAAUCAUGCGCCAAUCGUUCAGCUUUGAACAUAAUUCAAACAUUAUAUACAAUUAGAUAUAUUUAUGUUUGUAAUACUAUGUAUGUUUUCAUAUACAAAUUAAUUUACAAUAUCCCAAUAAUCUUAGAUCUUUAAAUUUUAUAACGUCAUGGCAUUUAAAAUGGUUUGAUAUUAUAGAAGAUGUAAUGUUUAAUUUCAGAUAUAGAGUUUUUACAUUAACUUUAUACUAUAAUAAUAUUUUAAGUGAAUAUUAAUAAUUUGAUUAUUUUUGACAUUUACGGACCAUGUUAUGAGAUGAUAAAUAUUAGAGAUAUUUUAAUAAUUUUUAAACAUAGAUUUGAAAGAACACAAAUUAGAUACUAUUAAUUAGAUAUUAAGUGUUAUAAAUAAUAAGUACAUGAAGAGUUAUGGAUUUCUAUAGUUUGUUUAUCACAUUCAUAUAGUAUAUUGCUAUAACUUAUAUCUAACAAACAAAAUCUAUUGUUUUUAUUCCCCAUACUAGUUUCAGUCUUGAAAAUAUUUGAUAUUAUCAAAAAAAAAAAAGUUAAAUCGGUGCAUGUGUUUGAUUUCUUAUAUUGUUAAUAACAUUCUAUAAUCGCA